AUGCGGUCCAUGAUCCCAGAUUAUGCUGCCGAGUUUGAUAAAUACACCGGUAUCGGCUUUACCCAUGGGGAUCUGAACGCGCAUAAUAUCAUGACGACUGACGAAUUCCACCUGACAGGGGUCAUUGACUGGGAUUGGAUGUCUGUAGCACCGCUGCCAGCAAUUAUCCACCACCCCUGGUUCAUAGCCGAUGUCCCUGGAUGGAAUAAUGAUGGUGUAUUAGAGGGCGAAAGCUUCGCUAUGGACCGUCUUUACCUUGAGAGUUCAAUAUGGAAGAGGGAGAUCUCACACCACUUGCCUCUUACUGUGUCGACGCUGCUGAAAAACUCUAGGAAGAGACUGUUUUUCCAAUCAGCCUUCCACUAUAAAGACAUCCAUGAGAGAUUUGUCAAGAUGCACUGUCCAUGGACAGUAGACAACUUCAGAGCUGCAAGAUCCCAGUUGCAUCAUGUGCUCCAUUUGUAUCCCGAGUUGGAAAGUGAAGGAGUACAACAAACCAAAGAUCUUUUGCGGAAGGCUGAAUAA